AUGGGUAAUAACUGCACUAAUUGCUGCAAUAACAUUGAAAAGAAGCUAAAAUAAAUGAGUGAAGAUGAGGUUGAGUUGAAAAUUACAAAUAAUCGCCAAACUCUUGCUCAUAAUAAUCUUUCAAUGAUUGUGGAAGACGCUUAUGAGUCUUAGCUUUCUCAGCAAAAUAGCCAUUUAGGUAUUUCAAUGUAGGUCUAGUCGAAUACAUUGAAUUCUAUUAACACAGGUGUUGCCCAAAACAAUUCAAACUUAACUAAUUUUUGGAUUUUAGAUAUUUAAGAGAGAUUGGUAAUUGUAAGCAAUGUAAACGAACCAAAUCUUCACAUGAAGAUUUAGGUUUCUUUUAAUGAAUAAACAGAGGAGUUUUGCCUUUUCGAAGAAAUAGCUUGUAUAGGAUCUAACAGCACGAAUAGCAGUCUAACUAGUUUAAACUUGAAGGGGUAGCAGAUGGGAAAUACUGCAGGAGCAAAUUUAAAAGAACUAAAUUCUAUCACAUUAAACGCAAAUUCACCAAGUAACGCAUAAAAUAAUAACAAUACUUAGCAUGUUUCGUAAGAGCAACUAAAAUUUAUAGCGAACAAGAAAUAUCACUGUUAUCCAUUUGAGAGACAGAUAAGUCAGUUUUACCAAAUUCAUUUUGAAAAAUAAGAGACAAAAGUUGAAAGAAUAAACGACUUUUAAACACUUGAUGAUAUGCAAUUCACAAUUAUUGAAACAUGGAAAGAAAUUUUGAAAAGAGUUUUUAAAUUAGCUGGCAUACAGCAAAAUUGCAAUUUAGUCAUCAUCAAUAACUUUUUAAGAUUUGCUCGUUAAGCAAGUUAGCUUAACGCCAUUGCUGAGAUGCUUUUGAAAUUUGUAUUUGAGUAGCUCAAAGUAGCACGAUUCUCUAUUUGUUCUUCAGGAGUGCCUAUACUUAAAUUUGUAAAUAAAAAAAACGGGAUAGUAUUUGAUAUACUUGAAUCAGGAUAUAUUUUUUGUCUACCUGUCAAUUAAGGUUCUUCGUUGGAUUCUAAAUUUCGUAUAAUAUUUGCUUAACCUAAUACAAGCUUUUAUGUGAAAAACGAGACUGAUUUUGUAAUGAGUUAAGGAUAAUUAAAUCAUUUUUAAGUUAUCCCUACUUAAUAAAAUAACAGCAUAUUGCUUUAAGGGUAGUCUCAAGCCUUAGCUGCCAGUGGCAACUCAGUAAUGUCAAAAAAAGGAGACUCAAUUCAAAAGGAUAUCCAAGACUUUUUAGAAAGUCUAGACCAUGAGUUUGCUAUUAGCUGCUUUAAAUCAUAAAGUGUGGUGAUCAAUAAUUAAUGCAAGAACGAUUUUAUUUAAGCAAGCAUUUUAUAAGUUCUAAAUUAAUUUUACAUGACAACUAACCCACCAUAAGAAGACUAAAUAAUGAAUAUUUUCUAGCCAAUAAUUCCAAAGUAGCCUAGAAAUACAAGAGUUUUUGGAACAGCUGACUUGCUCAAGCUUAAUGUGAUUGAAACUAUAUCAAAAUCCAGAUAUGAGAGGCUUGGUUCUGUAGAAAUAAUAAAAUAAAAUAUAUUCCUUUGA